GUUAACGAUCCAUUGUCGACUAUCAAACAUCAUGUCCUCUGAGGAAACUAAACCAAAGGUUGAAGCCACCGCCGCCUCUCCUCAACCCCCUACCGCCAGUGUGUUCUCCAUGUUUGGUGCUAAGAAGGAAAAAAAGGAAGAGGAAUCCAAGGAUGAGUCAAAGAAGCAAGAUGACAACAAAGAUGAAGACGCCAACGAUAAGAAGGAUGAAGACAACGACGACGCAGAAGAAGAAGUCGACGUGCACUUCGAGCCAUUGGUCCAAUUAGAGAAGGUCGAUGUCAAAACCAACGAAGAAGAUGAAGAAGUGUUAUUCAAAGUCAGAGCUAAGUUGUUCAGAUUCCACGCCGAUACUAAAGAAUGGAAAGAAAGAGGUACCGGAGAUGUCAAAUUCUUAAAGCACAAGAAAUCCAAUAAGGUCAGAUUGGUGAUGAGAAGAGACAAGACCUUGAAGAUCUGUGCCAACCACUUUGUUUCUCCAGACUACGAAUUGAAAGCCAAUAUUGGAUCUGAUAGGUCCUGGGUGUACUCUGUAACUGGUGAUAUUUCCGAAGGAGAACCAGAAGCUCAAACCUUGGCCAUCAGAUUCGGUAACAAGGAAAAUGCCGAUAAGUUCAAGGAAGUGUUUGAAGAAGCUCAAGCCUCUAACAAGAAGUAAUUAGUUAAUAAGUCAAAUAAACGUAUAUAGCGAAACCACGUCAUGCUACGAGCACCGCGGUGCGUCCCUCCAGGCCUCACGCGCGCAGACCCCGUGCUGCACGUGGAGCGUAAUUAUGACCGAUGCGAAUACAUAUAAAUGUUUCUGGUAUCCACUAUUCUCCAUACACCCUCAAAACUCCUGUGUUGAAUGAAAUUCGGAAAGUAUCUAGCAUCUCGGCAGCUCGAGUUGCCCGAGUAUUCUGGCCACUUCAUCAACUACAAGGUGUUGAAAAAACUUAUCAAACAACUUGCCAUACCUUCCACUGGCCUGACGCUCGAUAAACCACUAUCGCAGGCAGAAAUCCAAAACACCCUUAAGGAGAACAACGCGUCCUUCUUCUUCAAGGUAGAACGAGAGUUGGAGAAGGUCAACUCGUUUUACCUCGAAAAGCAGGCCAAUUUGGCUGUGAACUUGGAUUUGCUACUAGCUACUAAAAACGAGCUCUUCUUGGACGUCAAGACUCUUAUGGAUGAGAAUAAAAACAUCGACUCCGACUACCUCAACUCCACAUUCAAGAACUCCAUCACCUUCUUGAACCUAUAUCAGAAUUUUAAGAAGAUUCAUCAGGAUUUGCUAAGAUUACAGCAGUUUAUAUUGUUGAACGAGAGUGGGUUUCUGAAGGUGGUGAAGAAAUGGGACAAAAGAUCCAAAUCUCACACCAGGGAGUUGUUCAUUCUGACGGCCAUGAACGUUCAGCCAGUGUUCCACAAAGACGAAAUCAAUGACUUGAGUGACUUGGUCACAAGUUCAUUAUUUGAUUUGGAGUCUAUUAUAGAUGGUGAUUUGGCUCCUAUCCGCAACUUCUCAUCGGUAAAAGCUCCAAAAUACAGUUUUUCCAACUCUGCUUCCAACAAUGAUCUCAUCAAAGACAUAAGGAACGACACGAUAUCAUCAUUACUUUUUCCUGAUGGACAAGUGGCUCGGGCUAGUCACUUGUCGAUUCAAAAUAACGAAAUCGACGAAUUGUACUCCAGUUUCGUUAAUAUUGCAACUAUCAAGGUUCCCGAUUUACAGUUGUUGGCUCGGUUGAUAGAUAAAGUGCACAACCUGUCAGAGGCCUCAGUGGGCAAUGACAAGUCUAACGAGUUCAAUGAGGCUAUCAAGGCCAAAUUCUCAAGAGUGUUUCUAUUAGCAGUCACUAAUUUAAAGAUUUCCGAUAGCUUUUUGCAAUCGUUUUUAAAGCUGAUACACUUCAAUGUUUCCUUGUCUCAGAUCAACAACAACUUCAACAAUAACAAAAAUAUUCUUCACGAAUGCUGUUCCAUUCCAACCUUUUCAACACAAGAGAGCAAUGUCAUUAUCAACAACGGGGUGAAGGUCGUGAAAUCGACAGACUUGAUCAAGCAUUCUCGUGUUUUUAUAGUCCAACGAGCCAUGACCUCUCUCAAAGGUGACCAAUUGGACCAAUUGUUGGUUGCAAGAGACUUCAAUGGUAGAAAUUGCUUGCAUUAUGCGGCCCAAAAUAACCGAGCUGACUUAUUGGAUAUAAUCCUUCCAUAUUUUCCAAGAGAUCAUUUGGAUGCCUUGGAUAAUGAUUCCAUGUCUGCACUAUUAUUGGCAAUAAAGCACGAAAACUUUGAGGUCAUCAAGAAGAUGGUUGAGAGUGGCUGCAACGUUUACCCUGAAAUGGAUGAUGAGAAACUUCAAUACUUUCCCAUCAACUAUGCCUGCAAAAUUGGAAAUUAUGAAACUGUCAAGUACUUAUUGACGGCAGGAAACCCAAACUCGAACUCUAUGAAUGCAUUGGAUGUAGAAGGCUUACUGCCUUUACACGUGGUUGCAAGGUCCGGUCACCAUCUACUUGUCCAGUUACUUGUUGAAAAUGGAAGCAACGUAAACCAUGUCGAUAGUUUAAACAAAUGGCCUCCAUUAUUUUAUGCUGCUUCUGAAGGCAACUUGAAAACUACUCAAGAACUUCUCAGGUUUGGUGCUAAAGUGGAUAUUGUGGAUGAAGAUGGUUAUAAUGUUUUGUAUUAUUGUGUUGUGGAGGGAAAUAUUCUGCUACUCAAUGAGUUAUUGAAAUACUAUCCAGCCAUUAUAAAGUCCACAAAAGAGGACUUCUCCAAUAUUAUCGAUGAUUCCCUCGCUGACAAACAACCUGGGAGCUCUGGUACAAGCAACGAGAAUGCAAGCUCAAUGGCUAUUUUGGACGAGGAAGAAGAUUCGGAAGACUCUAAUGAUCUUCCCAAGAACGUUGAUACCAUUCCUGACCUCCAGUUACCUCCUCCUAUCUUGCCCUUAAGAAGGUAUGGACACAAUUUCUUGGAACAAAAGGUGUUAAUCGAGUUGGUGUUCCCCAACAGUUCAAAGUUUAUUAAUUUGUUCAACUCAGGCACCGAUCUUAAACCUGGGAGAAUCACGUUAUCAUCUAACAUUUCCGAUAUAGUUCCAAGAAACAUCAUCCUUCCUAGUGCUGAUGAAACCAGAGUCAGCAACUGCAUAUUCCAAACUGACAUGGACUCUUUGAAUGAAUUCAGAAUUGACUUCGAAAUUUUUCCCAAGUUUGGGACAAGACUUAUUGGAAAAACUACCGUCUUAUCAUUUGCUCAGCUUGAUACUUCGUCUUCGGGUAUCAAUUCAAUAAGGCUUCCAUUGUUUGACUUGAGAUUGAAAAAUAUUGGUGAAAUUUGUUUUAAUUGUCAGGUCAUAUUCCCUUUUGCGGGGGUUUUAUUGGAAGCAUCAAAGUUUGAUACUUAUUGGAAAUCGUCGACCAAAAUUGUUAAAAGAAAGACGGCUCCAUUAACAACCUUAGCUUCUUCUCCAAAUACUUACCUUUCCCCGUCUACCAUCUCAAACACAAUUGGAUCCAAUCAAACUGUCACCUCAACUGCUGAAUUGGUCUCAGGUAAUUCCACUACAUCUUUUGUCACCGCAACUUCUUUGUCUGGAAAAUACUUGAGGAUUAAGGUUUGUCUUCUUAAUGAUGGAACUCCCGUGGUCUGUCCACAUUGGUCUAUAUCCAUCACAGAUAGCAUCGAGUUGUAUUUACCAAACAUGACUUUGGAACAAUUGACAUCCAUUACAGACAACUUAUUUGACUACAAUAAGGUCGUUCAAGAUUUAUCCCAAAUGUCGAUUCAAGAUCUUGAGUUGAUCAAAAAAUUAUUAAAGAUCAUUUAUUUACCAUUGGAGUUAGUGUUGCAAAUUAUUGAUGUCGAGAUCAACUUGAACAUCGAAAUCAUAUUUCCGUCCGAGUACGAAAUUAGAAAUUUGCCAUUUGCAGCCAAUGUAUCACUGACCUUGAACAGUUUCAUUGAUUACACCUUGAAUGAUAUCUUCAAUCAUUUGAGGUCCUUGAGAGCUAAUAAUAAACCCAGCAGAUCUGUCAUCUUCAUUUCAUCCAACUCCUUGAUCUGUAAGAUUUUGAACUGGAAGCAACCUAAUUUCCCCGUGUUUUUGGCCAUGAAUAGUAUCUCGUUUAACGAUACGUUGAAAACUUUUGAAGUUAAAUCUACCAAUGGCUUCUUACUUCCAGAUUCGGGUGACGACAGUAGUGAAUACUCGAGUUUUGAUGAAAAGGAUGAUGAUGCAGAAAUUCACGUCAAGAAUGCUGAUCCUGAUAAAUUGAUUGAGAACGAUCAAGAACAAACUUCCAAGUCCAUCAAACAUGCUGUCAACUUUGCUGUGAACAAUAACCUUAUUGGGUUGAUAACGUCAAUUCAUCUUUUACGACUUGUUCCCAAGUUAAUGCCAUUGAUCAGAUCCAGAGGGCUUAUUUUAGUAGCCACAAAUGAUACACACGAAGAAGAUGAAAAGAUUUUUUCCUCCAAAGAAUUGGAUGUUUACACUAAAACAGAGAUCAACGGAUUAAGGUUCGAUGAUGUGUUAACGUUCAAGGACGACAUCACCAUGUAAAUUACAUAUUAAUGAAACGUAUUAAAUGUUAUUAGUCUGUAAGCUUGUAGAAUGCUCAACAUUCAGUGUCUCCUCCUAGGUGGUGGUGGUGGUGGUGGUCCACUUCGUGUAGCAAGGGAAGGUGAAGAUAGGGCCGAGGGAAUAGGUGAUGCACAAAAGCGUGGAGAUUGUGGUGGAGGCGGAGCUCUUUUUCUCAUUGCCUUUUGGAGUAAUCUUGAGUGCUUGUCAUUAACAUCUGGAAUAGCAGACAAGUAUUCAUUGGGAAGGUCAAGGAUAUUAGAUUGUCGUUUUUGUGGUUCCUGGCCAACUUCAGAUGGUGCCUGGCUAAGGCCAAGAGAAUUAAAGCCUUGAAGAAACAUAUUAUGAUUGUUCUCCUGGGCAAGGUUUCCACUCCAAUCAUUCUGAUCUAUGUUAUGUUUUGUGGUAUGCAAAUGGUAAUCAUUUCUCGUGUACGUCCUUACCGAAGCUACUCUGGUGAACGAGUUCGCAAUUGAUUCGGUUGAAGAACUGGUCUUGUGAAGUAUUGGUCUUGAUAAGGAACUGGAAGAGUUCAAAGACGAUGACGACGAGUUUGCUUGAGAGUUAGGGAUAAUGUUUCUAUUCUUCUUCUUCAACCAAGGAACCGACAUGCAUUUAGAUGCCAAAUCGGAUAUUUGUUUGAGCAGCUGAGAUAUCUGAUCUUCUUCCAGAGAAGCAGAUAUGUUCAGCACAAUAUUCAGGAGCAUGGCGACGAUAUCCAGUCUCCGGUAUCCAUCAACAAGGUCUGCCAUUUGAGAAAACCUCGUCAUGGGAUACAUAACCUUCAAGUACGUGAGCACUAAGAUCCGGUUUUCAGCAUUUUCUUCUUCCAUGUACUCAAUAUCUUCCAAUUCUCUGAUGAAAAUGUCCAUCAAGAUCUUGAGGUCAUUCAAGUAGUACAAUUUCGAUGUGUACGAAGACGUGAACACAAGGUACAAGAACUUGAGAAUAAGAAUCUUGAUGAUUUGGGAUUCUUCACGGUUUAUAUGGUAGACCAAAACAUUCAAGAACCC